CCAGGAUCCAUCAUCGUCUUGAGAGGUUUGACCAGCAGCCACAAAUUAGCGUUCUCUCAUCCAUCGUCUCUACAUCUCCGGAUCUCCCACCUAAACCCACGGCCAACUUGCAGCUAGGACGCAUGUCUGCAACCAUGGCUAUAAAUGGAAGCAGCCGAUCGCGCAAGGCCUCCACACGCCUCCGAUCCCUCCCUCUGCCCACACCUAUAGCUAGCUAGCCAAGGCCUCAUCAAUCAUGGCGGCUACUACUACUUCUCGUCCUGCCGCUGCUGCUCUGCCGCUGGCGGUACUGGCAGCAGCCAUGGUGGUGGCCCUGGCGGCGGCCGGCGACGUCGUCGAGCAGCAGCUCGAGGUCGUUGGCAGCAGGUACCCGCCGCUGGCGCCGGGCCUGUCGUUCGACUUCUACAAGAAGAGCUGCCCGAAGGCGGAGUCGAUCGUGAAGGAGUUCCUGUCGUCGGCGGUGCGGCAGAACGUGGGGCUCGCCGCCGCGCUGAUCCGGGUCCACUUCCACGACUGCUUCGUGCAGGGCUGCGACGCCUCCGUCCUGCUCGACUCCACGCCCACCCAGCCCAGCGAGCAGCUGUCGCCGCCCAACCUUACGCUUCGGCCGGCGGCGUUCAAGGCCAUCAACGACAUCCGCGCCCGCCUCGAGCAGGCCUGCGGCCGCGUCGUCUCCUGCGCCGACAUCACCGCCCUCGCCGCCCGUGAAUCCGUUGCCCUGGGUGGCGGUCCGGCGUACAAGGUUCCACUAGGCCGGCGAGACGGCCUAGCAGCGGCGUCGAACGCCGCCGUCCUGGCGGCGCUCCCGUCGCCGACGUCGACGGUGCCAACACUGCUCUCCUUCCUGUCGAAGAUCAACCUGGACGUGACGGACCUGGUGGCGCUGUCCGGCGGCCACACGGUGGGCGUCGCGCACUGCAGCUCCUUCAGCAACCGUCUGUUCCCGACGCAGGACCCGACGCUGAACAAGUUCUUCGCGGGGCAGCUGUACGGGACGUGCCCGACCGACACCACGGUGAACACGACGGUGAACGACAUCCGGACGCCCAACACGUUCGACAACAAGUACUACGUGGACCUGCUGAACCGGCAGGGCCUCUUCACGUCGGACCAGGACCUGCUCACCAACGCUACGACCAGGCCUAUCGUCACCAAGUUCGCUGUUGACCAGAACGCCUUCUUCGAGCAGUUCGUCUACUCGUACGUCAAGAUGGGGCAGAUCAAUGUGCUCACGGGGUCCCAGGGACAGGUUCGCGCCAACUGCUCCGCGCGCAACGCUGGUGCUGCAGGUAACGGUGGCGAGGACCAGCUGCCGUGGUCCGACGUCGUCGAGACCGUCGUCGACGCCACCGGCAGCCUCGUGCUCUAGAUCGUAUCGUGAAACAACAACCGCACCACCGGCCGGGAGUGCGCGUAUGUACGUGUGUAGCAGUUUGUUGGCAGCAAGUUGUUAGCAAUUUGAAGCUUGCUUGUUUUUUCUUAUAUAAGUCUCGAUCUCUCCAUCGAGUCCAUAUAUAUGUGGGGGCAUAUGCAUGCAUGUUGUAACAAAAUAAGCAGGCAGCUAAGCUAGCUAGUGAUCCAUUGGAAAUAAAAAGCUCGUGUGUUCUUGCCU